CACAAUAACGCAAUUAGCUACGUUAGCCUACAGCCGGCAAAUCAGCUUCUAGUGUCCUUACUGGAUUAACGUGCAGGCCCGCAGGCUGCCUUGCUAUCCGUGGAGAGCUAGUCCGAAAGCCAGUUUCGGUAGCGUGUGGGAGGGUUCGGUCCGGACGUCAAAGCCACAGCUAGCCGUCUUUUUUUCUGGAGCAACAAGACUAGCAUGCAGUCCAUACGAAAAUUGACAGUACAGGCAUAAUACAACGGUCCAAUGGAAAAUACCGGAAAGAAGCGCAAGUCAAAGCAAAGCAAGGAGCGAAGCAAUGUCUCGGAAGACACGGAGAGCUGGCGGAGUUCUGCGCGCCUCGAAGAUCUGGAAUACAGCAGAAAUUACAAUCGUAAGCCAGAGAAGGGUUUUCAUGAUAAGAAGGGCAUGAGCAGCAUCAUUGGCAAGAAUCCCAGAAGCCGUGGAUACAGUCCCUCAAACAGCAGUCCACGUGAGUUUGGUAGGGGUGGCCACAGGAACAGGUAUGAGCACAGAGAGGGGUUCCGGAAGUUUCCUAUCCCAGAGACGCCCCACUUGCAAGAGAAAAACUGGAGAGAACAUCCUUCUGGGGGCAGCUGGAGGAAGAAUGCCUUCCAGGAGGAUGGCGAAGACUUGGGUAGGCCACUGGAAGCAGUGAAUAGGCGACGGCACCUAAAGGAUUCGAUAAACUGGGACCCGGAUUCUCAUUCCUCAGGGCACAAACGAAGAAUGAGGCAGAGGAGGAAAGAUCACAGUGAGAGAGAUGAGGACGGAGGAGCUCAUGUGACUGACAUGUCGGCUCUCUCAGAAAAGGAGCGUCGGGUUGAAGAGAGGAUUGGCAAGGAAGGGAUCUUCCGACUUAGAAACCGUUCUCGGAACAAUCCUAAGGCUCGGUACCACUGUAACCUGUGUGACGCGCUGUUGGAGUCCGUGUCUGUCGCCCUUAAACACCUGAAAGAGAGAUUCCACAAAAAAAGAUCCCGGGACAGGCUUGAGGAGAUGCUCCUCAUAGAGAUCCCACCACCCGAGGAACCUCAGACCCAAGCUGUAGGCAUCACCAUUGAGAAAGAGGUGGUGGAAUAUGGCCUAGAUGAUAAAGAUGUGGAGACGAGGCGCCGUAUCGUUGUUUCGAUGGAAGAGGCCAUCAGAGCAGACCUGCCUGAAUGCUCACUGAGGUUAUAUGGAUCCUCUUGCACUAAAUUUGGUUUCAAAGAUUCCGAUGUCAACAUAGACAUCCAGUUCCCACCUCAUAUGCAUCAACCUGACGUGCUCUUGCUGGUCAACGAGGCGCUCUCAAAAAGCCCUGUCUAUAUGGAUCUGGAAGCUGACUUUCAUGCAAGGGUUCCUGUGGUAGUUUGCAAAGAAAAGCAAAGUGGUCUGAUUUGCAAGGUGAGCGCAGGCAAUGACAACGCCUACUUGACAACAGAGUACCUUUCAGCACUGGCCAACCUGGAACCGCACCUGCGCCCCCUAGUUGUGGGGUUUAGACGCUGGGCUCAGAUCUGUCACAUCGACCAUCCAGAGGAAGGUGGACUUCCCCCAUAUGUGUUGGCUCUCAUGGUUAUCUUCUUCCUUCAGCAGCGGAAGGAGCCACUUCUACCCACUUAUCUGGGGUCCUGGAUAGUGGGGUUUUCCAUGAGCAGACUGAGUGAUUUCCACCUGACUGGUGUGGAGAACGAUCAUGUGCUUUGGGAGUUCAAACCCUCCCAGGAGGAAACUGCACCCUCUGUGGAGAUCUGCAAAAAUGGAAAGGUCCCCCUGGUCUUCGAAGAUGAUCGCUGGUGCUCUGUGACUUUGGGGCAGCUGUGGGUGGAGAUGCUGCGCUUUUACUCGCUGGAGUUCGACACGGCCAACCGUGUCAUCAGUGUUCGCUUGAACUGUGUUUGCUUCCGUGAAUCCAAGGACUGGUCUAAGAAAAGGAUUGCUGUAGAAGAUCCUUUUGCGGUGAAAAGAAAUGUUGCACGUUCAGUGAACAGUCAAGUUAUGUACGAGUACAUCCUGCACUGUCUGAAGACUUCUUACAAGUACUUUGCCAUGCCCUUGGGACAGCAGAAAUCACAACUCAUCGAUCAGAAGGCAGGGAGGAAACACACAGACUGUCACAGCUCGCGAGGACAAAACCAAGACCAUGAGGGAACCUACCAUGAAUCAGAUCCUUGUGCUGUUGACCCCCUAUCACCAGCUGACAGUUUCCUGCUUGAGUCGGGGUUGAAAACUCUUAGCUUGAGGUCUCCCAUGGUUAAUGGGCAGACAGACAGUGAGGAUGUUGCCAGCGAUCCUUGCGUUGUUGAGGGAGAAAGGGCAUCUUUUCUGGAAGAUUCUGACUAUGUGGAAGAAGGGGUGGUCUGUGCGGACAGUGCUGAAAGUGACUGUGAGAGAGUCGAAGAAGAGUGCCCAUUAGAUAUGGAUGAGAGUGACGACAUGGACCCUACUCACCUGCCCCAUUUCCCUCAAGAGCAGGAGCCUGAAACUGAGAGUCCUUCUGACUUGGAGGCACCUGUGGAGAUGGGUGACAGCGAUGACCCUGAGGGGCUGGAUAGAGAGGAUGAGGACUCAGGCAGUGCUGAUGACAUCCUAGCUGAUCUGAAGAAACCUUCCUGCCAGGCAAACCAGUCUGAUGAAGAUGACGACGAAGAGGAGGAAGAAGAAGAGUACACUCGUCAGCACCUUGACAGUUUCACCACAGAAGAAGAGCAGUACCCAGUGGAUAUGGUAUCAGGGGAGGAGCUUCUCUCUGAAGGCGAGGGUCUCCAUCCAGAUAGGCUGGUUAAAGAAGGAGAUGGUCCCGGCAUGGUAGUUGAACCACGUUCACAUACAGUUGAUCUGACGAAAGCCUUAGAAUGUCCUGGACGUAACCUGCAGUACAAGUUCAACAAGAUGGUCUUUACCCGUGGCAAGUCCCACACCGUCGUGUGCAGCCUGUGCAAGCAUGAUGGCCACCUGAAGCGCGACUGUCCCGAAGAUUUCAAGAGGGUCGAGCUUGACCCUCUACCUCCUAUGACACCAAAGUUCCUUAAAAUUCUUAAUGACGUGUGCAUGCAGUGCUACAGAGACUUUUCACCGGAUGAAAUUGAGGAGAAGGUUCGAGAACACAUCCUGCAGGAUUUGGAAAAAUUCAUAAGGCUUCAGUUUGAGGGGGCCAAGUUAAGACUCUUUGGAUCCUCUAAGAAUGGGUUUGGGUUCAAACAAAGUGAUCUGGACAUCUGCAUGGUCCUAGAGGGCCACGAGACCUCUGAGGGACUUGACUGCAUCGCAAUCAUAGAAAGUCUCGCCAGAGUUUUGAGGAAACUCCCAGGUCUGCGCAACAUAUUGCCUAUCACAACAGCCAAAGUCCCCAUCGUGAAAUUCUUCCAUGACAAGACAGGCCUGGAAGGAGACAUCAGCCUGUACAACACGCUGGCCCUGCACAACACGCGGCUCCUUGCAUCAUACGCGGCGAUCGACCCCAGAGUGAAGUACCUGUGUUAUGCCAUGAAGGUGUUUUCAAAAGUGUGCGAUAUCGGCGAUGCCUCGCGUGGAAGCCUUUCUUCCUACGCCUACACGUUGAUGGUGCUGUUCUUCCUUCAGCAGAGGAGCCCACCCGUCAUUCCUGUUCUCCAGGAGAUUUAUAAUGGACCAAAGAAGCCUGAAAUCCUAGUUGAUGGCUGGAAUGUCUAUUUCUUCGAUAAACUGGAUGAAUUGCCCUGCCACUGGCCGGAGUACCACAGCAACACGGAGAGUGUGGGUGAGCUGUGGCUAGGCCUGCUGCAGUUCUACACGGAGGAGUUUGACUUCAAGGAGCACGUGAUCUCCAUCCGCAGGAAGCAGCUCCUCACCACCUUCAAGAAACAGUGGACCUCCAAGUACAUCGUCAUCGAGGAUCCUUUUGAUCUGAACCAUAACCUUGGUGCUGGAUUAUCUAGAAGAAUGACUAAUUUCAUUAUGAAGGCCUUCAUCAAUGGAAGAAGGGUUUUUGGAACUCCCAUUAAAGUCUACCCUCCUGAAUACCCCUCAGAAAUGGAGUACUUCUUUGAUCCCGAGGUGCUCACCGAGGGUGAACUGGCCCCGAAUGACCGCUGCUGUCGCAUCUGUGGAAAAAUAGGCCACUUCAUGAAGGAUUGUCCAAUACGUAGAAAGGUGAGACAGAAGCGUGAUCCCCUGAACUACGAGGACGGAGGAGGUGGUAGGCGGCACCAUGGCGACCAGGACAGGGUGCGGCCAGAGCCCCUGGAAGUCAGGGACCAGACACCACGCCAUGGCGACAGGCGGAAGGGCCUGGAGGAGAAGAGGAGAUGCUUCAUCUGUGACUCCUGCAACCACAUUAUGAAAGAGUGUCCCAAAUACAGGGGUCGUGCUGGAAGCCCCAGGGGUGAGGGGUUGUCUACAUCCAGUCACACGAAGAACCCGCGUGAAAGACAGGGUUCACCCCUCCGGGAGGAGAGGAAGAAGCCGAAACAGUCAAAGAUGAUGCUGAGCCCCCAAGCAGGCAGCCUCACUAACAGGCACCUGACCCCAGGAAGAGCCUCUUCCAGGAGAAAACCCAUGGACUGAAGAGGAGCAUGUUUACUCUAAGCCAAAACCCAGUCCCAUCCACAUUUAGCUCUUGUCUGUGUGUAGGCCGCGCGGUGAGAAGCAGGACAAAACCUGAGCCACCUCACUGGUCUUAUGUUUUUAACCAGAAUUCCUCCAGAAGGAAUUUGAGUUUCUUUUCUUUUUUCUUUUUUUAAUUCAUUUUAAAUCAAAAGCCAUUAUGCAUGCUCUUUGCCGGACAGCUUUCUAUUUGUUUUAUUUUCAUUUUAAUACAGUCAUUUGGUCACUUUGUCACAUGCACUAUGAACAGUCUGUAGAAAAGACUGAUUAAAUAGAUUAAAUUGGAACGCCUCGGAUAGCUGUACAGUAAGGCCCUUGGGAUUGUCAAAGCAGUGAUAUAAACCUUUACUGUACGACCUUCAGAAAUCAGUGAUUGAGUCUCUGAAUGAACAUGUAAAAAGAAUAAAAGAUUUAAUUAGCA